AUGCCCGGUGGCGAAUCCUAUCAGGGUCGUAGAAUAGUUAACCUCUCAUUAUUCUUGCUUUACCAGGCUGACGCCAGCACGAGUUCAGUACCUCGAAUUUUGACUCAACUUACGAUUGGAUCAUCUGCCGGUCCCUCCAAUGCCUGUCAGGCCUCUGCCGAUGACCGGAUUUUCGGGGGGACUAGUCUACCCAGACGCCCAGAAGGAAGCAGUGGCCGACCUCUUCCGGUGUCUACAGUUGUGUCUGUGGCACAAUCUGACGAUUUAGAGGGUGAGAGGACUUCUGACCGCGAAGUUGAUGGCAAAGUUAAAGAAGCUCUGAGUCUGGAAACAGAAAAGAACGGCAACAGUACAGACUGUGUUGGUGCCGAUACGGCGACCCAAGAAACGCCACACGAGCUCGACCGUCUUCUGAGCGCCUGUGACCCUGUCGGUUCGCUGGCCUGUCUGCCCAAUCCGAUGGCCCAAUCGCACAGACAAGAGUGCAUCUGCCUCUGUCGUCUAGGCGCAAGUGGGCCAACUUGUCGGCUCUGGGCCACAGGGUUCCCGGCCGGAGGUCGUGGCCGUAUAGUCUUCCAAAUAACUAGAAAGUCGCUUCUCCGAGCCUCUCCAUUGUCCGUUGACCUCGAAUUUCUCGCCGCCCCAAGCCAGUUUGAGCCGAACCAGCCGAACGGGCUGGCUGUUCUGCUGCUUUAUGUCCGGUUUCCGUUGACGACCGGCGGUCCGGUCGAUGAGGCUUCCACCUCAAAGGAGGAAGGGCUCGAACCGGAGCCGGUGCUGGAUGUGCUCGUCUAUCGAAGCCCGUCUGGUGAGUUGACUGUGUUGCUGGGUGCGACUAGGGGUACCAAAAGCGCGGUACAGGCCAGCCGGCCGCACCGGUUCCUCCUGGCAACGCGCCGAUUCUCGGGCAUCGGCAUCCUUCGCCCUUCCAUUUGGUAUCGCCUGCUAGUUGAUAUCUCACCACCGAACGAGUUCGCUGUCAACAACACGGCAGAUGGGCAGGUCAACGUGAGUCUGUCGCUGGCGUGUCAGAUUGAAACAGAUAACUUCAAGAAUUGCCCUCCUCGCGGAGGCCCGCUGGCCGUUGACGCAGUGCCGGAAUGCAAACAGCGCAUCAGAUUGUUAUGGCCACCAAAGAGGAGUGAGGAGCAGGCUGAUCACACUAUGCAAAAGCAGGCUGUAUGUCAGAGCCAGGAGCUACAAGUCGAUCUGAUUUCCACCUCGGGUUGGCCGGUUUCGAAGCUGCCAGACGGCCUCCGACGUCGGACGCCUCCUCGGAGGGCGGAAUUCGCCAGAUCCGACCUUGGCUUCCCGGAAGUGCAUAUCGGGGGUCUACAGCCGGAGCAGAUGGCUGAAAUGAAGAAGCUGCUUGUUGAGGCGAACAUCGAGGAGAGGUUAACCUGGCUCAACGGCAGUCUUUAA